UAGACCCAAUCAGAAAUUAGCCCCAUAUAUCACCUUGCCAGAAAACUUGUGGUGUGUGUUCUCCGGCUCAGUACUGUUGUCAUCAGACUCACAAUCAGGGCAACAGAUGAAGCAAACAUGAAUCCAUUGCUCAUCAUCAAAUUCACUGGAUUUCCAGCUCAAUUUGAGUGUUUUUGGAGAAAUUGAAGCAGAAAUUGGUGGAAAAAUCCCAUUUUGCACAAGGAUCAGCAUCAGAGUUCAGCAACCAUGGCUGCUAACUUGGUCAGUGGGGCUGAGAACCUCCCACUGGUGAGAGGGAGGUCCCCAAAUGGUUUAGGGCUCUUGGGUUGCCCUCCCCAUGGCAGAGCCUUACCAGGUGUUGGUUCAGUGGCCAUUAAUGGAGGUGGAGCAAGGAGCAAAGCAGCAGUGGUGAGAUGUAGCUUGUCUUCUGCUAGGCCUGCCUCUCAGCCCAGGUUUAUACAGCACAAGAAGGAGGCUUUCUGGUUCUAUAGGUUCCUUUCCAUUGUCUAUGAUCAUAUCAUAAACCCUGGCCAUUGGACUGAGGACAUGAGGGAUGAUGCUCUUGAGCCUGCUGAUCUCUGGAACCCUCACAUGAAGGUUGUGGAUGUUGGUGGAGGGACUGGGUUCACUACUUUGGGAAUUAUCAAGCAUGUGCGUCCUGAGAAUGUUACCAUUCUUGACCAGUCUCCACAUCAGCUUGCCAAGGCCAGAGAAAAGGAGGCUUUGAAGGAGUGCACUAUCAUUGAGGGGGAUGCUGAGGACCUCCCUUUCCCUACUGAUUCUGUUGAUAGAUAUAUUUCUGCUGGAAGUAUUGAGUAUUGGCCUGAUCCACAGCGUGGUAUCAAGGAAGCAUAUAGGGUUUUAAAACUUGGAGGAUUGGCCUGUGUGAUAGGUCCUGUACAUCCAACCUUUUGGCUCUCUCGCUUCUUUGCUGACAUGUGGAUGCUUUUCCCAAAGGAAGAAGAAUACAUUGACUGGUUCAAAAAGGCUGGAUUUAAGGAUGUCAAAUUGAAAAGGAUUGGCCCCAAAUGGUACCGUGGAGUGCGUCGGCAUGGUUUGAUUAUGGGAUGCUCUGUGACAGGUGUGAAAAGGGCAUCUGGUGACUCCCCUUUGCAGCUUGGUCCAAAAGCGGAAGAUGUGAAGAAGCCUGUGAAUCCAUUUUCAUUCAUCUUGCGCUUUAUCUUGGGUACGAUUGUGGCGGCAUACUUUGUUUUGGUGCCCAUUUACAUGUGGAUCAAAGACAAGAUAGUGCCGAAAGGUAUGCCAAUAUGAGCAUGUGAAGGGGAGACAUGAUAUACAAAUUGCUGUGAAAUAUAGCUGGUAUGCUUUGUGAUGAUUGUUAUUAUCAGUUAGGAGUUAGCAUGGUCUUUGUUCGGUAGGCUUUUUGUAAUCAUGUUUGUUGCUCUCGCACUUAGGAUCAAGCAAACAAUUUCUCUUUCACGAAGGAUAGUGUGAUAACUUCUACGGAAUAAACAGUUACUUGUGUUUGCAAAUUGACAUGAA